AUUAAUUGGAAAAAAAUUUCCGUGUUGUUUUUUUUUUUUGCAUAUAAGAAAAUGGCGACAACAACGACAAGAUGGUACAAAGGAAAGGUGAAAGGUGUUCUUUCAGGGGAUUGCUUGGUCAUCGUGGCCUUGAAAUCCAACAAGCCUGGUCCCUUGCCUGAGAAGAGCAUCACUCUAUCAUGUGCUAGUGCUCCUAGACUGGCACGUAGAGGUGGUGUGACUGUGGAUGAGCCAUUUGCAUGGGAAAGCAGGGAAUUUCUAAGGAAGCUCUGCAUAGGGAAGGAGGUGACUUUUAGGGUUGAUUACCAUGUGCCGUUAAUCAAUCGUGACUUUGGCACUGUUUUUCUGGGUGAUAAGAAUGUUGGGGUUCUGGUUGUUUCUGCAGGAUGGGCAAAGGUAAGAGAGCAAGGGCAGCUGAAAGCAGAAGUGAGUCCUUCUCUAGCGGAACAACUGUUGCGAUUGGAAGAACAAGCUAAGCAAGAUGGCGUUGGCCGUUGGAACAAGGAACCUGGUGCUGCUGAGGCAUCUAUCAGAAAUAUACCACCAUCGGCCAUAGGUGACUUUAGAAAUAUCGAUGCUAUGGGUUUAUUAUCUGCAAACAAGGGAAAGCCCAUGAAAGGAAUUGUUGAGCAUGUUCGUGAUGGCAGUACCCUACGAGCCUAUUUGCUCCCAGAGUUCCAGUUUGUCCAAGUCUUUGUUGUUGGAAUUCAGGCACCACAAAUUGGAAAGAGAGCCGCACCUGAAAGUGUUGUUGAACCAGUGGUCAUGGCGCCGGCGGAUGAGACUAACGACGAUGCUCCUGGGGAACCUCGAGCCCCACCUACAUCUGCCCAAAAACUUGCAGCUUCAGCAUCUACUGAAACGAAUGCUGAUGCUUUUGGAAAUGAAGCUAAAUUCUUCACUGAGAUGAGGGUUUUGAAUCGAGAUGUUCGGAUUGUCCUGGAAGGUGUUGAUAAGUUCAACAAUUUGAUUGGGUCAGUGUAUUAUCCUGAUGGUGAAUCAGCCAAAGACCUGGCAUUGGAGCUUGUGGAAAACGGUUUGGCCAAGUAUGUUGAAUGGAGUGCAAAUAUGAUGGAAGAAGAUGCAAAGCAAAAGCUGAAAACUGCGGAGCUUCAGGCAAAGGAAUCCAAGCUAAGGCUUUGGAAAAACUAUGUACCACCAGCUACAAACUCAAAGACAAUUCAUGACAAGAAUUUUACUGGAAAGGUGGUUGAGGUUGUUACUGGAGGUUGCAUCAUUGUUGCUGAUGAUUCAAUUCCGUAUGGCAGUCCCUUAGCAGAACGACGAGUCAAGCUUUCAAGUAUUAAGUGUCCAAUAAUGGGCAAUCCUCGGAAAGAUGAAAAACCAGCUCCAUAUGCUCGUGAAGCAAAGGAGUUCUUGAGAACACGCCUCCUUGGUCGUCAAGUGAAUGUUCAAAUGGAGUACUCUAGAAAGGUUGUUCCAUCAGAUGGAUCUGCAGUUCCAUCUGGUGCUCCUGAAGCUAGAACAAUUGAUUUUGGAUCAGUAUUCCUACAGUCUGCCAAGGCUGAGGAUGAUGAUGCCCCAUCAUCUGUUCCUGGAAGUCAGCAAACUGGGGUGAAUGUUGGUGAGUUGGUUGUUGCACGUGGAUUCGGAACUGUCAUUAGACAUCGUGAGUUUGAAGAAAGAUCAAGCUACUAUGAUGCUCUUCUUGCUGCUGAAUUACGAGCUACUUCUGGAAAGAAAGGGAUCCAUUCAGCUAAGGAUCCUCCGGUCAUGCAUAUAACUGACUUGACCUUUGCAUCAACGAAGAAAUCCAAAGAUUUCUUGCCUUUUUUACUCCGAAGUAGAAAAAUUCCAGCAGUUGUGGAAUAUGUACUAUGUGGGCAUCGUUUUAAAUUGUUGAUUCCAAAAGAAACUUGCAGCAUUGCUUUUGCAUUCUCUGGUGUCAGAUGUCCUGGUCGUGAUGAGCCAUAUUCUGAUGAAGCAAUCGCACUGAUGAGGCGCAAGAUAAUUCAAAGAGAUGUUGAGGUGGAGGUGGAAACUGUUGAUAGAAUUGGAACUUUCUUGGGUUCCUUAUGGGAAUCAGGGAACAAUGUAGCUGUUACACUCCUCGAAGCUGGUCUUGCAAAACUUCAUACCUCCUUUGGUAGUGACAAAAUUCCAGAUUUUCACCUUCUGCAGCAAGCUGAAGAAUCUGCCAAGAAGCAAAAGCUGAAGAUCUGGGAGAAUUAUGUUGAAGGGGAGGCAGUACCUAAUGGUGCAGCUGUUGAAAACAAACAACAAGAAGAUCUUAAGGUAAAGGUUACCGAAGUCUUGGGUGGUGGUAAAUUCUAUAUCCACCCCAUCGGUGAUCAAAACUUAGCAUCCAUUCAGCAACAACUUGCUGAUUUGAACCUUGAAGAAGCUCCUUUGCUCGGAGAUUUCAGUCCUAAGAAGGGAGACUUAGUGCUUUGUCUUUUUGUUGCUGAUAAGUCUUGGUACCGGGCAAUGAUAGUAAAUGGACCUCAAGAACCAGUUGAAUCUCCUGAUGACAAGUUUGAAGUAUUCUACAUCGAUUAUGGAAAUCAAGAAGAAGUAACUUACAGUCAGCUACGGCCUCUGGAUCCAUCUGUAUCUACUGCUCCUGGUGUUGCACAACUAUGCAGCCUUGCAUACGUGAAGGUUCCCAGCUUGGAAGAGGAAUAUGGUGAUGACGCAGCUGAAUACCUGAGCGAACUCACUUUGAAGAGUGGAAAAGAGUUCACAGCGAAGGUUGAGAAGAGAGAUACUUCAGGAGGAAAACUGAAAGGGCAGGGAACUGGAACAGUUCUUGCUGUAACACUUGUCCCUGUGGAUUCUGAGAUCAGUGUUAAUGCUGCCAUGCUUCAGGAAGGUCUUGCUAGGUUGGAAAAAAGAAGCAGGUGGGACAAGAAAGAAAAACAAGUGGCCCUUGAUGCUUUGGAGAAGUUCCAGGCAGAUGCAAAGAAAGAAAGGCUUGGAAUUUGGAAAUAUGGAGAUGUGGACUCAGAUCAUGAGGAAGCUGCUCCUCCUGCAAGAAAGGCUGGUGGUGGCCGUGGCGGUGGCCGGAGGUGAGUGUCGGGAAGAGAAAAUGAGUAAAGUUGUAGAUAUGAACAUUUUACCUGAGAGAAAAACGAAAUGCCGUGCUUAAUAAUCCUCAGUUUUGUUGUAUAUUUUGUUGCUAGAUUGAGGGGACAAUUUUUGUAUACAGAUAUUACAAUCAUAGAUGCGCGGUUCUUUUCAUUUUUAUAUCAUGGCACA